CGCUGUGACGUCAUAAGGCAGCGUCGCUCUCCUGCUUGUGUUGUUAUUCCACUGAUGAGAGAUUGUCCAAACACACAGAAAAACUCCUGAGAUCCACACUGUUAUAAAGAUGGCGUUUAUUAAAGAGGAGAGUGAAGACGUGAAGAUUGAAGAAACAUUGAAAGUCAAACAAGAAGAUACUGAGGAACAAACAGACCUCAUGCCGCUGAAAGAGGAGCGCAUAGUACUGAAUGAAACUGAAGAGAAUGAACAAUAUGAGAUGACUCAUGAUUUUAAAACUGGAGAAGAAUCUUUCGGUUGGCCACAGAUUAAAGAGACUUUCUCACAGAAAACAACUCCUAAAACAGAAACUGAAAGUUAUUUUACAAAAGUUCGUUUCAAGGAACAUGAAAACCUGAAAGUCCACAAUGGAGGGAAGACAUUCCCCUGCCAACAGUGUGGAAAAAGAUUUACUCAACAAGGAAACCUUAACAGGCACAUGAGGGUUCACACUGGAGAGAAACCUCACAUCUGCCCUGAAUGUGGAAAGAGUUUUGAUCGUAAUGGAAACCUUAAAGAGCACAUGAGAGUUCACACUGGAGGAAAGCCUUUCCCCUGCAAACAGUGUGGAAAAAGUUUUACUCAAAAAGGAAACCUUAACAGGCACAUAAGAGUUCACACUGGAGACAAGCCUUACACCUGCAAACAGUGUGGAAAGUGUUUCGAUCAUAAUGGAAACCUUAAAGUGCACAUGAGAAUUCACACUGGAGAGAAACCAUACACCUGCAAACAGUGCGGAGUCAGUUUCACUCAUGAUGGAAACCUGUACAGGCACAUGAGAAUUCACACUGGAGGGAAGCCUUUCACCUGUCAACAGUGUGGAGUCAGUUUCACACUUCAAGGAAACCUUAAAUCCCACAUGAAAAUUCACACUGGAAAGAAGCCUUUCUCCUGCCAACAGUGUGGAAAAAGUUUCAGUAGAAAAGGAAACCUAAAUGACCACACGAAAAUUCAUACAGGAGAGAGUCCUUUUACCUGCCAACUGUGUGAUAAAAGUUUCAGCCGAAAAGGAAGCCUUAACAAACACAUGACAGUUCACACAAUAAAAAAACUUUAUACAUGCGCUCAGUGUGGAGAGAGUUUCGAUCUACAUGGAACCCUUAAAGCCCACAUGAGUGUGCACACUGGAGAGAGUUCCUUCACCUGCCAACAGUGUGGAAAAUGUUUUAGUAAAAAAUCAAACUGUAACAAGCACAUGAGAAAAUUACACGGCAUAUUUUCAACACAUUCUUGACCGACACAUUCAAUUGGAUUCAAUUGAGAGAACUGUUUUAUGUCAUCAGUGUGGAAGGAGUUUCUCAGACAGGAAUCAUGUAAUAAUGUUAUGUGUAGGAAGCUCAGAAGUGAAGACCAGGGGCCCGUUCAGGGCUCAAGACAAAUUCUUCCCACUUGUCGCUCUUUUCCGACUAUUAAAAUUACAGAAUGUUUAGCAAACACUGAGGAAUAGGAUAACCUUACAAAAAUUAAAGCAUUCAUAACGUAAUGUGAGGUAAGCCGAAAAGAUAAGCAGUAUUUUACUUUACCUUAGCUUUAAAACCAUCCAUCGUUUCGCAGCAGAACAAAUUGUCACAAAAUGCCACCAUUUGGUUGUAGUCUGGAGUCUUGGCGUUCUUCGUACGGCGCUCAUUACAUCAGAGAUCAAAUGACACAUCCAAGAUGAUAUCAUUGCACUAAUCAUGAUCUAGCUAAUUUGGUUCUUCGAACACAUACCUGUUGUUGAUGAUUAGUAUGGCUGGAUUGAGUUAUCUGACAUAACUCCACAUUCAUGGGUUGGUUUAAAACAGGCUAUAUAUCGAUAAUCGAUAAAUCAUAUAUUGAUAAUCAGUAAUGUAGUGCAGAACCAAACAAUCCAAGAUCAUGAUGCAAAGCCGUCAACAGUAAAAUCCAGCUAACUAAAUUAGCGUUACACAAAGAACGAAGACUCUGGUGUAUAUUCAGUAGGAUUCUAUGUUGAGAAUGUGCUGUGUGGCACCAUUAGAGUUGAGGUACUCAAUUUUGGACUUGGAGUCGAACUUAUUUCAGGCAAUAUAGAAAUCCUAGCCAAGACAUAUCCGAGAAAAAGUUUACACGCCUUUUCAAUAGGAAUAUGAAGGUCAGAAUGGUUUUUUUGCAGACGCCAUAAAUGCUGAUUUUUUGAUUUAGAUCUAUGACUUCACCCCCAACAUUUCCUUUUGUCCUGUAUUUUGCCCUCAUAUUAGCUGUAGGUCAUCACCUGUGUAAUUUCCAGUCAAAACACAUUUAACACUGCAGGACUGAGAGUCGCCAUCUGGGGCCUGUUCUUCGUACGUCGCUUAUUACAUCCGAGAUCAAAUGACACAUCCAAGAUGAUAUCAUCGUGCUAAUCCUGAUCCGGCUAAUUGGGUUCUUCGAACACACCUGUUGUG